UUGGAGACGCGCGUGUCCGUCACUCCGUCAGUCGUCACUGUGUGUGGACUGUGGAUGCAAACUGAACGUUAACGGUUAACCACACUGUAGUACAAGCGUAUUACAAUAUUAGUAAUCACUGGUCGUCGUUAUCAGUUCAAACUUCGGUCUUCGAUUGCUCUUAUCCGAGAAAUAAAUAAAAAAUUAAAUACACAUUUCAAAUUAAAUUUAUCAUCCCCCGUACUCCGUAGAUUGCCGUUUGUAAGCAAUACAUUUAAACUAGUUUCAUUCCGGAUUGACUUUCAAACUCAACGUCGACAAGAUUCGCCACUUGGAGGAGAUUUAUUAUUUCAUAACUUCAAACAACUAAUAUCAAAAACACCACUGCGAUGUCGGACGCUCACGCCACUCCGAUGGCCUGGCAGUACGUUUGUUGUUCACUGCCAAUCUUAAUACCGAUGUCAGUUUACGUGCUUAAGAAGUGUUUCAACAACAGAUAUCGCACACUUAACUCAAAGGUUGUACUUAUUACAGGUGCCAGUUCCGGAUUAGGCGAGACAUUAGCGCAUGAGUUUUAUUCCCAUGGCUGUGCACUAAUUUUAACAGGACGUAGCAGCAACGAAUUAGAACGAGUCAAAAAUGAUUUAUUAAGCCGAAGUGAUAUUAAGAAUGUAAACAAACCAUGUAUUCUCGUCUUGGAUCUUAUUGACCAAUCAACAAUAGAAGUAGUUAGUCAAAAAGUUUUAGGAGUUUUUGGUCGCGUAGAUAUUCUCAUCAACAAUGCUGGCAUCAGCUAUAGAGGUAGAGCUGAAGCAACAAUGGCCGAGGUAGAUUAUAAAGUGAUGUUGGUAAACUAUUUUGGCCAAGUUGCUUUAACUAAAGCCAUAUUGCCUAGCAUGAUUCACCACAAAAGUGGGCAUAUAAUAGCAAUUAGUAGUGUUCAAGGAAAAAUUGCUGUUCCAUUUAGAUCAGCUUAUACAGCAUCUAAACAUGCAUUACAAGCAUUUUUUGAUACUCUCAGAGCGGAAAUAUCACAUCAUAAGGUAAAAGUAACAGUUGUAAGCCCGGGGUACAUCCAAACAAAUUUGUCGUUGAAUGCAUUAACUGGAUCUGGAUCAAAAUAUGGUGUUAUGGAUGAAUCUACAAUGUCUGGAUACUCGGCUGAAUAUGUUGCUCAACGAAUAGUGGAUGCUAUUGUUAAUGACGAACAAGAGGUCAUCAUUGCUCCGUUUUAUGCUCGCUUAGCAAUUGGUCUACGUUAUGUAUGGCCACGUUUUUAUUUUUGGAUUAUGAAAUGUAGGGCUGACCGGCAAGCUAGUCAGAAAAUGUAGGAUUCAAGGAUUCCCCGCCAUCAGACGGACGAGCGUCGGCUACAGCCCGUUAUCGUCGGCAUACGGGAAUCUCACAUUUGACAAACAGCCAGGUCAGUUAACUAGAUUUCUAGAAAUUAGCUGUUAAUUGUUAUUUUUUGAGUACUUAUAAUUUUGUAUUUUUGAAUAUAAAUACCUAGUUGUUAGUGAUGCACAGUUUUACAUAAAUUAUUUAUUUAAUUUGUGUAUUUUACAUUUGUACAAUGUUUACUUGUUAACAACAUAAUUUCAUAAUGAUAUUAUUUAGAUAAGUAUAAUUGUACAAAACUGCCCUAAAAGAAACAAAUUAAUACCAUAAUUUGUAAAUUACUUAGUUUGAUCAAUAUUAAUGUAAUAAGUAUUUCAUAAAUACUUACAUAAAUCUGUUUCUAUUUCUAGUUAUAUUAGAUAGUUGGUAAUUGGUAUUAUUUAAAAGUGAGCUUGAAGUAAUAAUUAAUAAAACAUUAAUAAUUUAAUGUAUUUUCUAUGCUAUUUGCAUGUGAUUAUGUAUGUGUUUCAUAAUAAUUUAUCAUUAAAAGAAAAACUAAAUAUUAUGGAUGAAUGUCAAUUUUCAUUAAUUUAAAAUUAUAAGUCAACAUUUCAAGAAAUUAACGUACAAAAUGAAUUUCUAAUUAAUAAAAGUUCACAAUUUAAUUUAUUUAUAUCGCACAAAUAAAUGUAAAAUUGUAAUUAAUUCAAGUUAAAUUUAGUUAAAUUCCCUAUUAUAUUUCUUUAUCGACUUUUAAAUCAAAUUAUUUUUAUUACUUUUUAAUAUUUAAAUAAAUGUGUACCCAUUUUUCUAUCAAAAUCAUUGUUUAUAUAAUUAUAACUCAUAAAAUCGCAUAUGAUUUAUCUGUCAAUAAUUUCUGUAUUAAAAUAUUAAUAUGAGACUUCUCAUUAAUAUAAAUUAUUAUUUAAAAAAUUUUGUUUUACAUUUUAAUAUCUUGCAUUGGGAGUUUUGAAACACUUUUAUUCAAAAUUAUAUACUAUUAAUAUAUUCAUUGUACUAUUGCUAAUGAUUGAAGAUAUAUAAAAUAAUUUUUUAAGUAACACGUUUUUAGAUAAUAUGUGUUAUUCACAAACUAAUUGUUUAAGCUUGAAAAAUUAAUGAUAAAAAUGAGCUUUUAAUUUUAAACUAAGAUAGGGUUAAAACACCAUUGGUCUUUUAAAUAUUUACUGUGCAUCACAAACAAAUAUAGAAAAUUGAUAACUCUCAGUCAGUGGUGACGCGAGGUUGCUUUUCAUGAAAUAUCGGCUGUGUUGAUACAAAAAGGGGCGAUAAAUAGGUACAAGGGGGGCAACAUUUAAGUUAGCUCUAUUUGAUUAAGAGGACAUCUCAUUUGCGUAUGUUGUUUUCAUUUAAUAAGUGCGUAACAAAAAAUUUUUUUUCAGUAUUUCGUUUAACUUUGUUAGUCUCAAUGUUAUAGUGAAUUUACCUAUUGUUAGACUUAGAGAUUACAAUAUUUUCUGUAGUUUGGUGGUAGUGUAUUUUCAAUAUUUUAAUUUUAAAGCUUAUAAUGAACAUUUUUUAACUGUAAUAUUUUACACAUUUAUAACUUGCUGCAAAAUAAAAAAUAUAUAAAAACAAUUCCGAAAAACCACAGAAAAUAUUGCUACUUUUAGGCUCUAAGUUACAUAACAGGUAAAUUCACUCUUAAUACUAAAACUAACAAGCUAAACGAUAGUGUUGUUGCGUACUUGUAAACAGAGAACACACAUGUUGGUGAAAUGUCCUGUAAAAUUAGUAAAAUAUGUACAUACAUUUUUAUUGCUGACUAAAAAUUAGGUACCCUCAAUCAAAAAAUUUAAAAUUUAAUAUGCUUCAUAGAUAACUAAAGUUCACGUCGCCACUGUUCAUGAUCACUGCUACCAUUAGUGUAGUAUAAAUAUUUUUACUAUUAUAUUAUUAUUAUUGUAUAUCCCUUAAACACUAUUAAAUCUUAGGUUUACAUACAUUUAAAUUUUAAAUAUUGUUUUAGGUUUAGAGUUUAUUAAUUACCACCAUUUUUUUUCACACAAAUUAUAUUGCAAAUAAUAAGUUUAAUUAUAUUAUAAUUUAAGUGAUCUCCUUUUUUUUCAUAAAAUUCAUUUUUUUUAUUGUUGAUACAUUUUUGUUGCUUAAAAUGGUGCUUGUUUGUUACACAUUUUGUGUUCUUUUUUAUUACAUUUAUGACAAUAUUUAUAUAAACUUUUACCACGUUUUUGUUUUUUAUAUAAUCAAUCACUAAUAAUUUACAUAUAAAUUUGAAUGACAACAGCGUAUCGACAAUUACAUUUUAGAAAUCUCAUAUAGCUCAUAAAUAUAUUAUAAGUAGUUCUUCUGAUUUCUGUCAAUUAUUUAUGUAUACUUAAUAGUGAGUUGUUGAUAUAGUUAAACCUUAAGUACUGUUAAAUAUUUUUAGUUAUUUUUAGCAUAAUGUUUCACUAGUCAGUUAAUAUUAGAUUGUAAAUUUAAAUGAUUAAGAAACUAUACCAUUGUAGACGAUAAUUCAAUGUGUGCAUAUAUUUACGAGGAUAAAUUUAGAUGUUUAUUGUUGUUUUUUUUUUUAAUAAGUAUUUGUAGCCUUAAAAAAUGUAGAUAUGUUAUAAUGGUAAACUAAUGAUUGAAACUUACAAUGAAAACUAGUGUACAUUCCCAUAUGUAAUUGUUACGCUUAACAUAUCUUAUAAAAUAGACCCUAUGAAUUUAAUUCUUGUCUAGUUUUAAUGUUUUAAAAAAUACUAAUUGACGAACAACUCUCAGAUAGAAUAAAAUAAAUUAUAUAUGUGUAUAAA